GUCCGGCCCUGCCCGCCGCGCUCUUCGGCGACGCCGAUGGGGCUGCGGGCCUGGCUGUACUCGUUGUGCGGCUGCUGCGGCUGCUGCGGCGGGGAGGCGGCGGCGGCAGAGAAAGAGCCCUUGCUGAGUAACAACAACCCCUACGCCUCCUUUGGAGCCACACUGGCACGGGAUGAGGAACAGAACCUGUGGAGCACCCCACAUGACGUGACCCACACAGAGGCAGAUGAUGACCGGGUUCUGUACAACAUGAUUGUGGUCAGGAACCAGCUGGACAAGGACUCGGAGGAAUGGCAAAAGCUCAACUAUGAUAUUUAUACCUUACGGCAGACCCGAAAAGAAGUGAGAAGCAGGUGGAAACACAUUUUGGAGGAUUUGGGUUUCCAGAAGGAAGCAGACUCCCUCUUGUCAGUGACCAAGCUCAGCAUCAUCAGUGACUCUCAGAACAUGGGCAAAGCCCGGGACAUCUUGUUAAAGCUCUCUGAAGAGACAAACAUCUUUCCAACUAGCUGGGAGCUUUCUGAACGCUACCUCUUUGUGGUGGACCGGCUCAUAGCCCUGGAUGCUGCAGAUGAGUUCUUCAAGAUGGCCAGCAUGGUGUACCCGAAGAGACACAGUGGGGAAAGAGUGGAUGAUAACCAGAAGGCCCCGCAGUGCACCUCUGUUGUGAUGCCCUGAGGAACCUGCCAUGCUGGCACAAGAUGGGUAGUAGGUUUCUUCCCUUCUGGGACCAGGCUCCUCUGAUGAGGGGUUAGCACAAGUAGUGCUGCUCCUUGUUUUCCUGCAGAGAAGCAAGUGGGCCGGCCAGAGCAGAGCGAGGAGGUCAGUGAGCUGUGCCCCACCAGGAGGGUACAGGAAGGUGGAUGCUGGUCCCAAGGUCCUCCUAAGCAGAAGGGAGCAAGAACUGCUGUAGUGUAGCCCUGACAGAAGACCGCUAGCCAAGUAGCAUAUGCAAUAGGCACAGGGAGAACCUGCUGUGCCAGGUGUUGCUACCAGUAGCUGCAGAAGUUGAGAUGCCUGUAGUUGCAAACCCUGCAAGGAGAUCCGCGUUUUCACCAUCCAUUGGUACCUGCCACUGUCCCCUCCUUUGACCCUGCUAGCCAGGAUGAUGAGAGAGGGAGGAAAAAUACUGCAGUCUGCAGCUCCAUGAUGUUUCUCUGUGCACUGCUCCUCUUCCUCAUACCCAGUCCAUGGCAGCC